AUGGCAGCGGAAAGCGCCCAGUCGGAAUUCCAGCGCGCCUCCACCUCUGGUUCCGCUGAUGCUCCUGCGCCUGAGACUGAGACUGAAAUCCAAGAGAGUACUGAUCUCAUCCAGCAGCUCUCAGAGCAAGCCGGUCAACUCGUUGAGCAGUCAGACCAACUAUCACAACAUUCGCGAACUUCCCACCCCUUUGAGACACCACAACCCCAAAUGACAGCAAUAGCAGAUUCUAAAGAAAAUGAAGACAAUAACCCUGAACACCAGGUAACGGAUGAACAAUGGAGAGCUAUGUUCGAUGUUGUCCUGGCGAUAUACGAUUAUCGCGAGCCGGACGGCUAUGACCCCUCGCGUCUUUUCCAUCGCAGCGUCAACAAACGCAAUGUGCCGGACUACUACGAUGUCAUCAAAGAGCCCAUGGCCCUCAGUGUGCUGAAGCAAAAGAUUAAGAAUAAAUCAUACUGCAAUUUUGCAGAGUUUAUAAGAGAUUGCGCAUUGGACGUCUUUAUUUCUGAAUUUCGAAAACUUGUCGAACAAGGGAUAAUUUCCUCGGAAACAGCCGAACUUCCGGACCUAGGGGAAAUUCCCGACGCAGACCCUCUUCCAGUCGAAGAAGACGAGGAGGAAGAAGAGGAAGACGAUGAGGAAGACGAUGAAGCUGAAGACUCAGAUGAUGAGGCCGGUCGCCGCAGACAAAAACGACCGAACCGUGGGUCUUCCAAAAGAGAAGGCGCUAAAGACGACCAGAAUAAAAUCAACGACCCUGAGCUCCGAAAAAAACGCGGUCGUCCUCCCCGCGUUGAUACCCCGAUGGAAGCGCGGAUCAAGGCUGUCUUGAAGGGAAUACGCAAGUUCAAGGAUUCCACGGGCCAGCUAAAAGUUCGCCAUUUUGAGCGGCUACCCGACAAGGCUGCCUAUCCUGAUUAUUUCUCGGAGAUUAAGGAUCCUAUGGCCAUUGACCUCAUAAAAAGGAAAUCUAAGAGGAAGAAGUACAACUCGGUUGACCAUUUUAUGAAAGAUAUGGACCUUAUGUUCAACAAUGCAAAGGCAUAUAACCAAGUUGAUAGCCAAAUAUACAAGGAUGCUGCCGCUUUGCAGACGGAAGCACGGAAAUUAGCCGAUCAAGAGAAGAAGAAACCAGACAGCGAGUAUCUGAUGGAGGAUGGACGACUCCCGUUACCAAAUGGCAUCUUACAUAAAGGUGAACUUUGGAAAGUUGGAGACUGGAUCUACCGGACCUGGCAAGAUGUGGAAGGACAGAAAUGGGUUAAUGCCUGCUGGUACUACCGGCCAGAACAGACCGUUCACCAAUACGAGAAACACUUUUAUCCCAACGAAGUCGUGAAAACCGGCCAAUACCGAGAUCAUCGGAUUGGGGAAGUCGUUGACCGAUGCUUUGUCAUGUUUUUCACCCGCUACAAUCGUGGGAGGCCACGAGGGCUGGCGCCAGACAAACAGGUUUAUGUGUGCGAAGCACGAUACAAUGAGGAGAAACACAAGCUCAACAAGAUCAAAACCUGGGCUAGUUGUCUGCCUGACGAAGUCAGAGAGAAGGAUUACGAGAUGGAUCUUUUUGAUGCGCCUCGGAAAAUCAAAAAGAUACCGAGCCCAAUCAAACAUUUGCUUAAGGAGGAUGCGAAGGAAACAGAUGAUGUACCUAAACCGACGUGGGGUGCAGAGAAUGCGCCACCAAUUGUGGGUGCAGUACACCGCCGACCAAGGGAGGAAAACGUAAUCAUCUUCUACUUCUAUCUCUCAUAUCAGUUGUACGAAUCUCCACCCCCGGAACCUACCCCAUCGCCGCCUCCACAACUCCCCGCGCCCCCGGUCGUUCCCCUCGCACCCCAACGUCAAAUGUCUAUAAAUCGCGCUCCGACCCGCCAAAGUAUCGACAGCCAAAGCGAUUACCGCAUGAGCGCUAGUCCCUUACAUUCCCUACCAGCACGCUCAGCAGGCCAACCAACUCCACAUGCUCCGCCGGCAGUUGCUCCCCAGCAGGCGCCCAUCCCACUAACACGCAUGCAGCAAUCCUUCCCUCCUCUAUCAGCCACCCCAACAUCAGCCACCCCAGUCUACCCCCCCGGCUACCCAAACCACCGGCCAGGACCCCCAUUCGCAUCUCAGACGCCUCAAUCCACUCCAAUUUAUCAACAACCGCCCCCGCCACAACCUUACUCCGCCCCACACAAUUUCCCUUCUUACCAAGCCAGUCGCUAUCAUCCCCAUCCCCCUCACAUCCCUCAAGCCCACCUCCAGCAACAGUCGCAGCUACUACCACAGCCACAAUCACAGCCACAACCAGUCCUUCCACCCAACAUUUACAACCCAAACGCACCCCGACCAGUGGAAACGUUCAUUCUAAGCGAUAAUACCAACGCGGCUAUACCAGAAGAAAUCCGCGGACAAUUCCACUGUGACGAGAAAGGGCACGUGCUAUUCUUCACGAGCCCGCCGCUAGAUGUCGUACAGCCAGCUGAACAGACGGGGUUGGGACAUUCAUUGCGCUAUCUGGCAGCAAAGGAGGAGAGGGCAAAGAUUAUUGAGAAAAGGAGGAUCGAGAGGGAAGAAAUGGAUAAAGAGAGGGCAAUGAAACGGCUGAAAACGACUAUGACCACUAUCACUACUACCGACGCAUGUAGUAAGGAUAAUAACGCUACUCUCGCAAAAACCGACCGAAACAUGCUCUGUGAGCUCGCGGUAAUGGCGGCCGUUGCACAGAUGAAGCAGGCAGAUCAGGAUUGGUAUCUAAUGCGUUAUGGAGAGAAUAAUGCUGUGAAGGCUAAAGAGGCAGAUAGGGAGAGGUUCAUGAGGAUCUUGGGCGAGAAAGAGAAGGCGGAUGCAAUGAGGGAGAGCUUGGACGUUAGGGAGCCGGUGGACGUGGUGCCUGUCCUUAGUCUUGCGGCGGGGGAAGGAGGGGCAGCUGUUUAAACGGGUGAUUUAUAAUACCGGCUUUCUUCUAAAGGUGAAGGCUGGCAUGUGUGUGAUCUCAGGCGGUCUUGUGCCUCGCAUCUAUUCAUCCUUUCUGUCUUUCUAUUCUUUAAAUUUUAUUCAAGUUCUACCUACUUGGCUUGCACCUUGACUCCGGCUUUGGAAGGGCGUCCUAUUUUCCCGCCUUCUUUAACCAACCUGGAUGGAUAAGGCAGUGAAAACAAAAACCGAGAUUGAAAAUUUCGGUGAUGGUUAAUUUGAGGCCACAUGAAGAAUAACGCAACCAAGUCUCCCUAAAAUUUUAUGUAUAUCCCUUUUCC